GGGGGUAUGAUUUGAUUUAUUUUCUGAGAUCUGAAUUUGGCCCUUUUCGUCUUGUAAGUUGGAGGCAAGUAAGACCAGAUAAGAGCUGCUGCCAUGGACGUUGUUAGUCAGUUGCAGAGACAGUUUGUUGAUUACGCGACUUCUCUAUAUCGUGAGGGGUUCUUGGACGAUCAAUUCUCACAGCUUCAGAAAUUGCAAGAUGAGAGCAACCCAGAUUUUGUUGUUGAAGUAGUUUCGCUCUUCUUUGAAGAUUCAGAGAAGCUUCUUAGUAACAUGGCUAUUGCUUUAGAACAACCAAUGGUGGAUUAUAAACAGAUUGAUGCUCAUGUUCAUCAGUUCAAGGGCAGCAGUUCAAGCAUAGGUGCCAAAAGGGUUAAAAAUGUGUGUGUUGCAUUUAGAAAUGUUUGUGAAGAGAAGAAUAUUGAAGGGUGUGUUAAUUGUCUGCAGCAAUUGAAAAGUGAAUAUAAUCUUGUGAAAAACAAGCUUCAAAAUCUUUUCCGGCUGGAGCAACAGAUCUUGUCUGUUGGCGGAUCUAUUCCUGUGAUGGCAUAGAAGAAGAAAUAAUGUUAAUUUCAGCUUUUGAUUCUUCAACUGUUGAUGUUUGCUCAAUGUUGCUGCUCUUAGAUGGAAAGUUAUAGAUUGUGGUAGAUUAUGGCCAGUUCUUGUUGUAAAAGACUUGAAUCUUGUGUGAAAAAAAUGAUAUAUCUUCUUGUGGUUGUUUGAUGAAUGGUGAGAGUUCAAACUAAUUAUUGGUGA